CAUUUGUUCACUAUGGGCGAGGUAGUGGUAAGAUCAGAAGUUGAUGAUACAUUGGAUACUAGAGAUCACGCUCAACAUAAAUUGGAAGUUCUAGAAGAACAAAAAGAACAUGUUGAUAAUGAUCAAAAAAAACCUGAGACAAAAAUAAAUAGUAAUUUUGAAGCUUCACUGAACCUUGAAAGCAGGGAAAAUGUUUGUAAACCUGGAGUAGUUAAAUCCAAUAAAAAACCCACUGUGACAGAGCUUAUUAAGGAUAAUAGGGAAAGAGAUGAUGGCUACUGGGAAGUUUUUACAGUUUCUUCUCCUAAGAAUAAGAUGAUGUUUAACUUAUGGUUGGCUGACAACAGAUCUUCAGUUAUCAGAAGUAAUGAGGUUGGAUGGAUUUGUAUUGAACUAGAUUCAGAUGGCCAAUCCAAAGAUAAUGUUGAGGGUGUUUCUGACUCUGAUUCUGAUUCUGAUUCUGAUUCUGAUUCUGUAUUGGAAGCAACGGAGUACUGGAACAAUAUGCCUAACAAAAACCAAAAAGGUUUGGUGGAAGUUGCAAAAAUGUUUAAAAUAAUCGUGGGGAAAUGGAUGGUUCAUGUACCUUCUGAAAAAGUAGAUGAGCUAUGGGGUCUUAUAGCCACUGCUAUAUUUAACGAAGAUUUUGGGUCAGCUGUGUUUACUGCCAAGGUAUCUCCCAAGAAUGAUGAGAAUGGUGUCGAAGAUCCAAACAUGCAUGUGAUUUGUGUCUACACAUCAGACUUUACAAAUAUGCAGGAGGUUGUGAAAGCUGAGAAUGUUCUGAGAAGCUUGGGAAUAAGAAUAGUCUUGAAAUACAAACCAGACUUGUAUACUUAUUUAGGAAUUUACAGAGGAAACCCGUACAAUAUUUGUCCAAGUGUUUACUCUUCUAGAAUGAGUUGGAAUUCGCAAGCCUCAAUUGUUAAGUCCUUCAUAACUGGGAAAAUUACAAGAACUUUAAUUAAAGCAGGAGCAGGUGUCGCAAUGAGUCCUCCAGAAAUUGCAAAUUCACCAAGCUCUACAGAAUCAAGGAGCAUUGGAAAUUCACAGACCUCUAUGAAUUCACAUAUUACUGAGACUACAAAGAUCACAGAGAAUUCAUAGACCAUGGUGAAUUCACAGAUUACUAAGUCUUCAAAGAAUGACUUUUUCCUAUUUUAGAUUAUUGUAAUAUUUAUCUGUAGUUGCUUAUUUUUAUAAUUUAUUUUAA